CAGUUAUUGGACAUUUUACUUCCCUGUAGAAAUUUCUUUUCUAGAGCACCAGCAAUCACAAUAUAAAGGAAAUAAAGAGAGAAUAUGGCCUCAUUAGAUACGGACUGCUGUACCCUCUGUACUGAUGAAGGAACAUCUACAGAAGCUGUCACGUGGUGUAUAGAAUGUGAGGUGUUCCUUUGUACGGAUUGUGAAAAACAUCACAAGAAGUUAAGAAUGUCUAAAGUCCAUAAUACAAUGUCUUCAAAAGACUACCACAAUUUACCCAAAUUUAUGCAAGAAAUUAGUAGCCAGUGCAGAGAUCACAAGAAGAAGUAUGAACUGUACUGUUCUUUCCAUGCCUGUCCCUGCUGUGUCUUGUGCAUCACCGAUAAACACAAAAAAUGUCAAGAAAUGAUACCACUGUCAGAUAUCCUAAAGCAAGUAAAAUCAUCUGCCUCUGUUCAACUUUUUGAAAAAGAUUUGAAGGAUGUAAAAGAAAACUUAGAGGAGAUUAUAAAAUAUUUAAACAGUAGGAUUAAUACAAGUGAAAGUCAGAAAACAAAAGCCGCUGAACAAAUUCGAUCUAUGAGGAAGUCGAUAGAUGAUUUCUUAAACAAAUUAGAACAAGAAUAUCUUGAUGAUCUAGAUUCAAAGCAAUCAAAGCUGAAAUCUAAGAUGAACACUUUACUACAACAACUAAAAAAACAAGCCAAUCAGAUAAGUCAACUGCAAAGUGAGUUUUCAAAAAAUGACACAAUAUGCAACUGAGCUACAAAUGUAUGUUGGUCUGAGAGAAAUUGAGAAAACUACAUCUCAAGCAGCACAAUACAUUGAUGAUUUAAAAAGUGGAGGCCAAUUGGAUGAAAUUAACCUAGAACUUACCAUCUCAUCUGAACUUAAAUCAAUUUUAAAAGAUGUCAAAUCAUUUGGAGACAUUAAUAUCAAUACCCGCUCAUUUACUCCUCAAUUAAAAGCUGGAAGAAAAGAUCAAGCACAGAACUUAGUUCCAACUAUUCCUACAAUUGAACAAAUUAAGCCAUCAAUGUUAAGACAGCUGACAAUUCCACAAGAUAUGAAGCCUUUUGAUAUACGUGCCUGUAGAAUAUUACCUGAUGGUAAAUAUUUAAUUCUUGAUUCCCACUCGGAUAAAAGUAGCCUGCUGCUGUUUAUUAAUGUUGGUUUGUUUAUGAAAGAAGUAAUGAAAUUUAAAGGACGCUCAUGGGAUACUUGCUUCAUUAGAACCAAUACAGUUGCUGUCACAUUACAAUUACAAAAACAGAUAGCAUUGGUGGAUGUAGAAAAAAAUAAAAUUUUCAAAUCAAUUAACCUUUCUCACUACUGUGGUUCAGUAGCGAGUGAUGGUCAAAUAUUGCUCGUUAGCAGUAAUCAUAAAAGUACAAUAGUGAAUCUAAAUGAUAUGUCUUAUACAAUCUUAGAAGGUAUUGUGGCAGAUCGUGUUGCAUUAUUCAAAGGAAAUAUCUAUGGUACCAUGUAUUACAAAAACAAAGUCUGUUGCUACAAAAGUACUGGAGAACCUCUCUGGACAUUUAUGCACGAUGAUAUUAAUGGUGCACAAGGACUAACAUUAGACAAGAAUGGCUUUGUUUAUAUAGUUUCUAUGUACAACAAGAGUGUCGUAGUAGUAUCACCAGAUGGUAAAACCUGCAAGACAAUACUAUCAGUGGCUGAUGGAAGCAAAUCUCUGUAUGCCAUAGACAUCAACAGAGAAACAGGAAUUAUGAUAGUAUCUAGUGAAAUAAGUGUUGAUGAGGAUGGAAGUUUUGGUAGUUAUAAAAAACAAUAUGAAACAGCUUUUGUUUAUAAAAUAUGAAAUG